UAAAAAGCCCCGCGGGGCCCUGCAGCCGUGCCCGGGCAGACCGACGGGGCCGCAGCGCAGGCGGAAGACGGCGGCGAGGCAGGGUCCAGAGUGCGCCCUGGUGUGGUCCUUUUCUGCGCAAACACCGCUGCCUGCGCUGGGGAAGUGGGCUCCCCGAGACCUCACUAUGAACUCCCUGCUCCUCGCCUUCCUGGUCCAGGCCUGCUUCUCCUCCCUGGUCCCAGAAAAGGAGAAGGACCCCCAGUUCUGGCGGCACCAGGCCCAGGAGACGCUCCGGAGAGCCCUGCGCCUGCAGGAGCUGAACACCAACGUGGCCAAGAACGUGAUCCUCUUCCUUGGAGAUGGUAUGGGGGUCUCCACUGUGACGGCCGCUCGCAUUCUCAAGGGCCAGCUGCAGCAGAAAACCGGGGAGGAAACCAUCUUGGAAAUGGAUCGCUUUCCUUUCGUGGCGCUCUCUAAGACCUACAACACCAACGCCCAGGUGCCUGACAGUGCAGGCACCGCUACCGCUUACUUAUGUGGCGUGAAGGCCAACGAGGGCACCGUGGGGGUCAGCGCAGCUGUGACGCGGUCCCAGUGCAACACGACGGCCGGCAACGAAGUGACCUCCAUCCUCCGAUGGGCCAAAGCAGCAGGCAAAUCCGUGGGCAUUGUCACCACCACACGGGUCAACCAUGCCACGCCAAGUGCCGCCUACGCGCACUCGGCUGACCGGGACUGGUAUUCAGAUAAUGAGAUGCCCCCCGAAGCGCUCCAGCAGGGCUGCAAAGACAUUGCCCACCAGCUGUUUGAAAACAUCCCAGACAUCGAGGUCAUUAUGGGGGGAGGCCGGAAGUACAUGUUCCCCAAGAACAGCAGCGACGUGGAGUACCCGGACGAGGAGAAGUUCAGGGGGACCCGGCUGGACAACAGGGACCUGGUCCAGGAGUGGAAGGACGCGAAGCCCAAAGACAAGGCGGCCUUUUAUAUGUGGAACCGGGCGGCGCUGAUGGAGCUGGACCCAGAGGAAGUUGACUACCUCUUGGGCCUCUUUGAGCCAAUCGAUAUGAUGUACGAACUGAACAGGAACAAUCAAACCGACCCUUCCCUGACCGAAAUGGUGAGGGCGGCCAUCAGAGUUCUCCAGAAGAACCCCCGUGGGUUCUUCCUUCUGGUAGAAGGUGGAAGGAUUGACCACGGGCACCACGAGGGGAAGGCCAAGCAAGCCCUCCAUGAGGCGGUAGAGAUGGACCGAGCCAUCGGCCAGGCCGCCGCCCUGACUUCUUCCGAAGACACCCUGACGGUGGUGACGGCUGACCACUCCCAUGUUUUCACAUUUGGUGGCUACACACCCCGUGGCAAUUCAAUUUUCGGGCUGGCCCCGAUGCAAAGCGAUGUGGAUAAGAAACCGUUCACGUCCAUCCUCUACGGAAACGGACCGGGGCACAAAAUAGUCGCCGGAGAGAGAGAGAACGUCUCUGCAGUGAAUUUCACCGAUGCCAACUACCAGGCCCAGUCGGCCGUCCCGCUGCGCAUGGAAACGCAUGGAGGGGAGGACGUGGCCAUCUUCGCCAAGGGCCCCAUGGCUCACCUCCUUCACGGGGUCCACGAGCAGAACUACAUUCCCCACGUGAUGGCCUACGCGGCCUGCAUUGGCGAGAAUAAAGAUCACUGCCGCUCGAGUGCGCCACGCAGCCUCUCCGGGCCCGUCACUCUGGCUUCGACGAUCUUCUCCGUCUUUCUGCUCCGAGUUUUGUUCUAAAGGCUCAGCUCCUCUGACUGUCCAGAUCGAGGCUUCUACCCAUUUCCAGCCUCAAACCUCCCUCGAGGGAUUUCUAGUUCCACUGAGGUCCACCCUGGACGGCCUGGCUUGCCCCCAAGGGAUUGCUUUGCUCUGGAACAGAACAAUCCUUGGCGUCAGGAUCUGUGCCAAUCGGAGCAGCUGGAAACACUGGGGUAUUUCUUCUCACCCCCUCCUUAAGGAAGAGAAGGGCUGGGCCUCGCUGGACCAGGAGAGCAUGCCUGGCAUUUUCCAAAUCUAUUCCUGCCUCGACGGAGCUUGGCACAUCUCUGGCCUCGAAAGGUUCGUUAUAUUCCCCAAACUCUUCCGAAAGUAACUCAGACGAGAAAUGUGAGCUCGGUGAUGGUGUGACAGUGUGCCCACUGCCCUCAAACUGCUUUUGCUCUAAGCGGUGGAACUCAUGGGCAAUCUAAUCCGCUCCACAUCAGCGUCUUAAUUUGAGCCCCAAAGUGCAGAAGAAUUUCCAAGCAGCUUCCAAGUCGAGUCUCCAAAGGAAGGGAAGUCACAGCAAGUUCCAGGAAGAGGUGAUUCAGGGCAGAACAGUAAAGUCCAUAAAUUAUCAAUACCCAUAAAAAGGAGAGUUGUGCGUCUGGAAAUGCACUCACUGCAUCAAGUCAAGAUGGAGGAAAGUUUUUCUGCAGGCAACAGCUGGAACAAAAAACACACCUUUCUUCCUAUCAGUUCUUCAGCGUUUAAACAUUUCCCCCUUUUAAGGUUAAGUCCCCAACAGCUAAGAGUUUUGUCUGCUUAAACUUACGAAGUCUGAAAAAUGAAAAAGUCUGCCGGAUGGGGGAAGAAUAAAGGGAAGUGACAAGAAGCUGCUGUUUCUGAAGCGAAAAGAAACUUUGAUCCACACAUGGGCUGUAAGCCAGGAUGGGCCAUGACUUGAACGCUAUGUCCUUUGUGCACUGCGGUUUGUACGAUGUGGUUUGCAGAUGUACAAACCCAGUCACUGUAGCUAAUUCAGCAAACCCUGGUUAAAGCAAGUAAUGGCUUAGCGUGACGGAUGAGCCCGUGCAAAGAAACAAAGGCAAAUCCCACCAUGGGGAUCGGUGGGAGAGGAAGCGAAAAUGCAACGGCUGCGGUGGGGAGCUAGAUCAAAAUGUAUACAACUAGAAAGGUAUUUGCAGCGGACGUCCGCCUGGUUGUCUGACCCCCUCUGGGCUCCCCAUCACCUUGAGCAAUUCCUCCUCCUUUUUUUCAUUCUCACUGGCUGUAGGUUCAGGGCAACAAAGGAACACCCAUUUUCGCGUUGCUGGUGAUUAACUCCGUGGAAUCCAUUCCCACAAGAGCAGAGUUCCUUGCACAAUGGAAAAACUCUCUCCCCCGCACCCCGGCCGGAAGCCACGAUAAGUGGAUGAAGAUUUGCCUUUAGAGGCUGCGCGUGGAGGGAGAAGAGGGGGAAAGGCUGGUCAUCCCGGCCACCUCUGAGUUCUCUGGUGGCCACCGAGCACAACGCUGGGCUCAAACCAGCUGGUCCUCUCACAGCCCUUUCGGUCUCUCUCUUCAGCCCUCUUAAGCGUUGGGCAGGAAAGGAACGCAGGAGGUGGAGUUGGUGGGACCCAGCAGCAUCCUUGCCCUCCACAGGGACAGGAUCUUAACCUCUUACCGCUGCUUCUGCAGGGGAAAGUUUUAAGGGCGCCAAGACAUUUUUGCCUCCAGACAGAGAAAGAAUAAGACAAGCUGCUUCUUCAUCUGUGGGUGGAUGAAGUCUUCUCUGCCAAAGAAAAGGCGCAUUGACGGACCUGCAGGAAUGCUGGCCCCGGUCCACCUUGUGAGACAGCUCUGUCGGAGUUGCUCUUUGUUUAGAAAAAAAAUAAUAAAUCAAGAGUCCCUAAAUUGAUUUUUUUUUCUUUGUUUGCGUAACUUUUUAAAAAUUGAAAUAAGAGGAGGGAGGAAUUUAAAGUAAAAUUAUUUUGGACUGGCUGAAGAA